GAAAAGGCCAAAUAAAAAGGUCAAUCUUCCCCUCUCUCUCUCUCUCUUAAAAUGUGCUUUGCUCCGAAUCUUACAAUUAUUCUUCGUAUGCUAUCCAACAUUUAAUUACUUGAUAAAGCUGUGAUUAUUCUGGGACUUUAUUGGUUGAUUAAUGCCGAAUUUCCGAUCUUUAUUAUCUGUUUUCAGCUAAUUCUGUGGUCAACGUGCUGUUGUAGGGGUAGGUUCAUCUGAGGUUGAAGCAAAGUAGACAGGUUUACAAUAUUGAUAUAGGUGUACUGAGGGAAGAAGGGCGAGUAGUGAUGGCUUUCAAGCCGUUGGAUUGGUAUUGCCAGCCAGUGGCGAAUGGUGUAUGGGCAACAGCGGUGCAAAAUGCUCUGGGAGCUUUUACACCCUGUACCACAGACACUAUUGUGAUUUGCGUAUCACAUUUAGUUAUGAUGGGGCUGUGUAUAUAUCGAAUAUGGAUAACCAACAAGAAUUUCAAAGCUGAGAAGUUUUGUUUGAGGUCCAAAUAUUACAACUACUUUCUGGCUUUGUUGGCUGGUUACUCUGCAGCUGAACCUUUGUUCAGGUUAAUCAUGGGUGUUUCGGUGCUUAAUUUGGAUGGGCAGGCUGGUCUUGCGCCAUUUGAGGUUAUGUCGUUGAUCAUUGAAGCUCUUGCUUGGUUCUCAGUGUUCAUCAUGACCGGCAUAGAAAUUAAAGUGUAUGUUCGUGAGUUCCGAUGGUUUGUCAGAUUUGGUGUCAUUUAUGCGUUGGUUGGAGAUGCUGUCAUGCUAAAUCUUGUUCUCUCUGUGAAGGAGCACUAUGAUAGAUCUGUUCUGUACCUCUACAUUAGUGAGGUUAUCGUCCAGGGGCUGUUUGGAGUACUUUUGUCUGUCUACCUUCCCAGUUUGGAUCCUCACCCUGGUUAUACCCCCAUAAGGCAUGAACCAAUCGAAGACAGUGAGUACGAGGAACUUCCUGAUGGAGAGCUACUCUGUCCGGAGAGGCAUGUUAACAUAUUCUCCAAAAUUUUAUUUUCAUGGAUGAAUCCCCUCAUGAAGCUUGGUUAUAAAAGGCCAUUAACAGAGAAGGAUGUAUGGAAGCUAGACACAUGGGAUCAAACUGAAACAUUGAUAAGCAAGUUCCAGAGUUGUUGGGUUGAAGAAUCUCGAAAACCAAAACCAUGGCUUUUAAUGCCAUUAAAUCGCAGUCUAGGGGGAAGGUUCUGGUGGGGAGGAUUUUGGAAGAUUGGUAAUGAUCUUUCACAGUUUGUUGGCCCACUUUUGCUUAGCAGCCUCCUGACGUCUAUGCAACAAGGAGAUCCAGCUUGGAAAGGUUACAUCUAUGCCUUUUCAAUCUUUGUUGGAGUGGUAUUGGGGGUGUUAUGUGAAGCACAAUAUUUUCAGAAUGUUAUGCGUGUUGGAUACCGACUCCGUUCAACUUUGGUAGCUGCAGUUUUUCGCAAAUCUUUAAGGCUCACCCACGAGAGUCGCAAAAAUAUUCCAACUGGGAAAAUAACCAAUAUGAUGACUACUGAUGCUGAAUCUCUCCAGCAAGUUUGCCAGUCACUUCAUACAGUGUGGUCGGCUCCAUUUCGUAUCAUUAUUUCUAUGGUUCUUCUUUACAAGGAGCUAGGAGUGGCCUCGAUUGUUGGUGCUUUUAUGCUAGUUCUUUUGAUUCCUAUACAAACAUAUAUCAUCAGCAAGAUGCAGAAGUUGACCAAGGAAGGCUUACAGUGCACUGACAAGAGAAUUGGCCUCAUGAAUGAAAUAUUGGCUGCCAUGGAUACAGUGAAGUGCUAUGCAUGGGAGACUAGUUUCCUGGGAAAGGUCCAAAACCUACGAGGGGAAGAGCUGUCGUGGUUCCGCAAAGCACAGCUAUUGUCAGCGUUGAACACUUUUAUGCUAAAUAGUAUACCCGUAUUGGUGACUGUAGUCUCUUUUGGGAUGUUUACACUGCUUGGAGGUGACUUGACACCAGCGAGGGCAUUUACCUCACUUUCAUUAUUUGCAGUGCUGCGCUUUCCUCUAUUUAUGCUUCCAAAUAUCAUAACACAGGUUGUGAAUGCAAAUGUUUCCCUGAAGCGCUUGCAAGACCUACUGCUUGCCGAGGAGAGAGUCCUUCUGCCGAAUCCGCCACUUGAUCCAGAAUUGCCAGCUGUCUCUAUUAAAAACGGAAACUUCUCAUGGGAUUCAAAGGCAGAGAAGCCCACACUAGCCAACAUAAAUUUGGAUAUAGAUAUAGGAAGCUUGGUUGCUAUAGUAGGUGGUACUGGAGAAGGAAAGACAUCACUAAUAUCUGCAAUGCUUGGGGAGGUUCCUCCUGUGUCUUCUGAUACAAGUGCUAUCAUUAGAGGGACAGUUGCUUAUGUGCCACAAGUUUCUUGGAUAUUCAAUGCAACUGUGCGCGAUAACAUUCUGUUUGGAUCAGUAUUUGACUCUGCAAGAUAUGAGAAGGCACUCGAAGUGACAGCCUUGAAGCAUGACCUGGAACUGCUUCCCGGUGGUGAUCUUACUGAAAUUGGCGAAAGGGGAGUCAAUAUAAGUGGUGGGCAGAAGCAAAGGGUAUCAAUGGCUCGGGCUGUUUAUUCCAAAUCAGAUGUUUAUAUCUUUGAUGACCCUUUGAGUGCUCUCGAUGCUCAUGUCGGUCGGCAGGUAUUCGAGAAGUGUAUCAAGGAGGACCUAAGAGGAAGAACUAGGGUACUCGUCACAAACCAGUUGCAUUUUCUGUCACAGGUCGACAGAAUCAUCCUGGUUCAUGAUGGUCUAAUUAAAGAAGAGGGAACUUUUGAAGAAUUGUCAGAAAGUGGAAUAAUGUUCCAAACAUUGAUGGAGAAUGCUGGGAAAAUGGAAGAAUACACUGAAGAUAAGUAUGAUGUUGAGAGCAGUGAUGAAAAGGCUCCAACAGUUUUAGCAAAUGGAAACCUAAACGACAAACCAAGUGGUAAAACUGACCCACAAAAACCUAAAGAGGGAAAAUCUGUUCUGAUUAAGCAGGAAGAGCGAGAAACUGGUGUUGUGAGUGCAAAUGUCUUAAUAAGGUACAAGAAUGCGCUUGGAGGGACAUGGGUUGUUAUGGUCCUCCUUAUGUGCUAUGUCUUUACAGAAGUUCUGCGUGUUUCAAGUAGCACAUGGCUGAGUGUUUGGACAGAUCAAAGCAGCCCUCACAGAUAUGGACCAGGAUUUUACAACCUAAUCUAUGCUCUUUUAUCAGCUGGUCAGGUCCUGAUCACAUUGACAAAUUCAUACUGGAUGAUUACUUCAAGUCUUUAUGCGGCUAAGAGACUUCAUGAUGCUAUGCUUAGCUCUAUUCUAAGAGCUCCAAUGAUCUUUUUCCAAACCAAUCCCCUUGGACGGGUCAUCAACAGAUUUGCAAAGGACCUUGGUGAUAUAGAUCGAAAUGUUGCCGUAUUUGGAAACAUGUUUUUGAGCUUUAUGGCACAGCUCAUUUCAACAUUUGUAUUGAUUGGAAUUGUGAGCACUAUGUCCCUGUGGGCCAUAAUGCCUCUUUUGGUCGUGUUUUAUGGUGCCUAUCUAUACUUUCAGAGCACUGCACGGGAAGUAAAACGGUUGGAUUCAAUCUCCAGAUCACCUGUUUAUGCACAGUUUGGAGAAGCCUUAAAUGGGCUAGCAACUAUCCGGGCCUACCAAGCUUAUGAUCGAAUGGCCAAUAUCAAUGGGAAGUCCAUGGACAACAGUAUCAGAUUCUCUCUUGUGAACAUGAGUGCAAACCGCUGGCUUGCUAUCCGAUUGGAAACAUUAGGUGGCCUCAUGAUAUGGCUUACAGCAACUUUUGCUGUCAUGCAGAAUGGGAGGGCGGAGAACCAGGAGGCAUUCGCCUCUACGAUGGGAUUGCUGCUUAGUUAUGCCCUGAAUAUAACUGGGCUGUUGACUGGUGUGCUAAGACUUGCAAGUCUUGCAGAAAAUAAUUUCAAUGCAGUUGAACGGGUUGGAACUUAUAUUGAUUUGCCUUCUGAAGCACCUCCUGUAAUUGAAAGCAACCGUCCACCUCCUGGUUGGCCUUCAUCAGGCUCUAUCAAGUUUAAGGAUGUGGUGUUACGUUACCGACCCGAACUUCCUCCUGUCCUGCAUGGUGUCUCCUUCACAGUACACCCCAGUGACAAGGUUGGAAUAGUUGGACGAACUGGGGCUGGGAAAUCGAGCAUGCUGAAUGCGUUAUUUCGUAUCGUAGAACUCGAAAGGGGAAUGAUUUUACUUGAUGACUGUGAUGUUGCCAAAUUUGGACUCACUGAUUUACGUAAAGUUCUGGGAAUCAUACCUCAAGCACCCGUUUUAUUCUCAGGUUCUGUAAGGUUUAAUCUUGAUCCUUUCAAUGAACACAACGAUGCGGACCUUUGGGAGGCUUUGGAGAGAGCCCAUUUGAAGGAUGUCAUCAGGAGGAAUCCUUUAGGUCUGGAUUCUGAGGUCUCUGAAGCUGGGGAAAACUUCAGCGUUGGUCAGCGUCAACUGCUAAGUCUUUCACGGGCUCUGCUUCGGCGAUCCAAGAUUCUAGUUCUUGAUGAAGCAACCGCUGCUGUUGAUGUGAGAACUGAUGCUCUAAUCCAGAAAACAAUACGCGAAGAAUUUAAAUCUUGUACAAUGCUCAUAAUUGCGCAUCGACUCAACACUAUUAUUGACUGUGACCGCAUCCUCCUCCUUGAAGCGGGAAAGGUCCUUGAAUAUGAUACCCCGGAGAAGCUUCUCUUAAAUGAAGAAAGUGCUUUCUCUAAGAUGGUUCAAAGUACUGGAGCUGCAAAUGCUCAGUAUUUGCGCAGCCUUGUAGUUAAAGAUGAAGCAGAAAAUAGGUCAACUGGAGAUGAUAAUAGGCUAGAUGGGCAAAGGAGGUGGUUGGCAUCUUCCCGAUGGGCAGCUGCGGCUCAGUUUGCCCUUGGUGUGAGCUUAACUUCAUCACAAAAUGACCUUCAACAGUUGGAGAUUGAAGACCAAGAUAAUAUUCUCAACAAGACAAAGGAUGCAGUCAUAACGCUUCAGGGUGUGUUAGAAGGAAAGCAUGACAAAGCUAUUGAGGAGACUCUCGAACAAUACCAAGUUCCUAGGGAUAGAUGGUGGUCGUCUCUAUACAAAGUGGUUGAAGGUCUUGCUGUGAUGAGUAGAUUGGACCGAAGUAGGCUUCAUCAUCCUCAUUACAAUUUUGAAGAAAAGUCUAUUGACUGGGAUAACGUCGAAAGUUGAGAGAAUUUGUGAGUUGGUUGCUUGUGUAAUUGGUCACCUUUUUACACUUUAUUAAGCAACUACCAAAAGGAUAACUGUAGUUCGUACUGCAUUUUUGUAGCUUUCAAGUGCUUAUAUAAAACAUAAGAGAUCAUUUUCUAUUGCAA